AUGUGGCCAGCAGGAAUAGCAAAGAAUACUGUUUCAAACGUCAGCACUUCUGACGUGUGCCUUAAGCCGGCACAAAGCAGAAGCAGCAGUGGUAGCACUAGUGAUAAUAUUACUAGCGUCAAACCUGAUGAAGUUGUCGGUGUUUCUACAACUCUGGCAGCUGUAGACCCAGUAAAUACUACUACUACUACUACUACUAAUAAUAAUAAUAAUAAUAAUAAUAAUAAUAAUAAUAAUAAUAAUAAUAAUAAUAUUCCUAGGACUUCCAACACUAUAUCUAAUUCGUCUGGUAGGGUUCGUCGCGUAAGUUCCCGUGGUAUUUUGCACCCAGUGUUUGCGCCACUACAACGUGCCGAAUUAGCAAUUAAUGAUGAAUAUAAUGAAUACACUGAGGAUUUUAAUGUUAACGUGCAAAUUCGAACUCGUGAAAGCGGUCAACGCUCCCCUCUUGUGGCGACUCCCACACAACAGAGAGGUGUAGGUUUCAAUAACGUAUGGAAUCCAUACGAGAGUGGUACAACAAGUCCUAUUGUUGCUUCUCCUGUCGGUGGGCAAAAGGAGUUUCCUCCUCACUUGUGUACACCGUCAGUUUCAAUGGAGCCAUUACCACCAAAUGUGGUACACCGCGCUCUUCAUGGUAAAUGUCGUUUUAUUCCUUUUCCUACACUCCCUGUAUAUGAAGCACCGCCCCCACCACAGGGAAGUUUCCCACUUUUCAUUGGUCAAGUACGGUUUGAAACGACUACAGCAGAACUCAUGUGGCUUUUUCACCGCACCUGUGGUGCCUGUCCGCUUACCAUUGAGGGUCGUGGCAGUGGUUGUUUUAUUUUACAUCUCAAGAGUGAGUCAGAGCGAACACUUGUGCGACAGUUGCAUAAGCGUAUUCUUUUUGAUAUUGGCGGUGUAUGGUACGCUCGGUCUUUGGAAGAAGUAGACAGUUUGUGUGAACACGUGGCAAUCGAUGGACCAUACUUGUCAAAACAGGCGAAAUUACCACGAGAUUCCAUGGUGGUUGAGGACAUUAAAGUUGACGCUGCUGAAGUGCCGGGAUACUUUCCCUACUAUUAUCCUCAAGGUUCGUCGCCGUUGCAGCCCUUCGUUGGUCAUCCCAAUGGCUGGGGCAAUUCUAGUAGUGCGAGAAGUACACCAAGAGCACCAAUGUAUGGCUCAAAGCCACCAUCACCGUUAAUGGCUCCUUUAACACCAACACAACCACUAGCACCAGUGUUACCAAAUAAUCGGUCAUCAAGUACUACACUUUAA